GUCGUGUCUCGUAUACAUGAUAUGUAUGUGACGUGUAUGUAUGAAUUAGACACACACACACACACUCGUGAUACACAUAUACGGACAUACUUUUAUUUUCGCGCGACUUCUAUCAGCUGACGUUGCUGAUUUAUACAUAUACUGGGGCACACGGCACAGGUGACAGGUGUACCAAUACGACGCUAAGGCCUGAGGAGUACACACGCAAAACGGGACCACAGCACAGCAGAGGGGAAUUGAAACUUUGUACGAUCAUCCGCAUAACCUCAACCUCAACGUCAUCGGAGAAGAUUAAUCAACACCGAAUGAACUUGGGAGUCGCGCUGAGCCUGGGCCAUCGCCUUCUGUAAAAGCCUCCGAGCACAUACAAAUCUGGACACCGAAGGAAUAGUAGAAAGCAUAAGGCAAAGAUCAAGAAAGCACGUAUGAAAGAUGUCUUUGACAUUUCAACAAAUUAUAUUAGAUGCCAAAAAAUUGGUCAUUCGAAUUUCGGACCAUGAAAAUACAGCAGAUACUCUGAUAAGCGAAGUAGAGGCAGUAUGUGGACAAAUUGAUAACAUGAAGCAGUAUCAAGAGGAAGUAGAAAUUUUAAAUACAGAAGCUAAGCAAAGGCCACAUCUGCAAUUAAUUGCUGGGAUCCAAAGGGAAAAUAAACAUUUGCGAGAAAUACAGGCAGAAAAUAAAGAAUUGAGAAACGCGUUAGAAGACAACCAACACGCACUUGAGCUCAUAAUGUCCAAAUAUCGACAACAAAUGGCCUCUUUAUUACGUCUCAACAAAACCGAUUUUUCAUCCUUGUACAAUUCAAAAUAUGCCAAUAUAAUAACCAGUCAAGCAGAAAAAAUUAAUGAAAUGGCAGCUGUAAUGAAAACAGCUGCUGCCUUAGACGAGGAAAAUGAAUUAAAGGAAAAGGAAGCAUUUCAUUCUUUGAAAGAGGAGAAUGCUACGCUUCGAGAAAUAAUAAAUAUUGCAAAUAAGUAUGAUUCCUUAAACAAAGAAUGUUCUAUAGAAAACAAAAUUGUUCAAACGGAUUUACCAAUAGAUUAAAGAAGUUCGCUCCUAGAUCAUUUGAUCCUUUUUAUAAGAAGUUGACAUUAUUUAUUUCACACAAAAUUUCAUGACAUACAUUACUAUUAGAUAAAUCUAUUAUAGGCAAGAAGUGUAUGUGUGCAAGUUGUAGUAUGUAUAUAUAUCUCUCUAUUAAACAUUUGUAAUAAAUUGUAUAAUCCAUUUGCAACUAUAUUUAA